CAACGGCCAUGGCGGCAGUACCGUCCAAGCAAUUUCCGCUAGUUAAUUACACUCCACUCCACGGUCCACUUUGCGCACUGUACUCUCACCGGCCAGAGUCCCUCGCCCCCUUGGUCGCGUCGCCCCUCUCUACCGCCAGGCCGGCCGUCCGCCCACCUCGACUUCGCCUCCUCCGCUCCGGCGAGCCGUCGAACGGCGCAAGGUUGUUGGGACCAGCCACAUAAUCUCAGAUGGCUGAAUCCUUUGUGCUCAACACCGGUGCAAGGAUCCCAUCAGUUGGCCUCGGCACGGCGACGGGGAAGGCCGAACCCGGCGUCGUACGGGACGCCGUCUACGCCGCCGUCAAGGCUGGAUAUCGGCAUAUCGACUGUGCUCCAGCGUACCGCAAUGAGAAGGAGAUUGGUCUCGCUCUCAAGAAAUUAUUUGAUGAAGGCGUGGUUAAGCGUGAAGAUCUAUUUAUCACUUCUAAAUUGUGGUCUGGUAACCAAGCCCCAGAAGAUGUGCCGGAGGGCAUUGACACCACUCUUGAAGAUUUGCAGCUGGACUACUUAGACCUUUUCCUUAUCCAUGCUCCACUUCGUUCGAAGAAAGGUGCCACCCCAGCCCCUGAAAACUUUCUUCCUGUUGACAUUCCUGCUACUUGGGGAGCAAUGGAGAAGUUAUAUGCCUCUGGCAAGGCCCGUGCGAUCGGUGUGAGUAACUUUUCUUGUAAGAGGAUGGAGGAUUUGCUUGCCAUUGCAAGUGUACCUCCAGCAGUCAACCAGGUUGAGUGCCAUCCAGGUUGGCAGCAAAUGAAACUCAGGGAACUUUGCCAGUCAAAGGGUGUUCAUCUUUCUGCAUAUUCACCCUUAGGAAAACAUGGAUCACCUGGAUCCAUGGGUCCAAGCUUUCUUAGCAAUCCCAUUGUCAUCUCUGUUGCGGAGAAGUUAAACAAAACUCCUGCGCAGGUUGCCCUACGCUGGGGUCUUCAAAUGGGCCAGAGUGUACUCCCGAAAAGCACCAAUGAAACAAGAAUAAAGGAGAACUUAAGCAUAUUUGACUGGUCUAUCCCUGAAGAUUUGAUGGCGAAUUUCUCUGAAAUUCAGCAGGUUAAGGUGCUAAGAGCUGAAUUUGUGGUUCACCCCCAAGGUAUUUUCAAAACCGUGGAGGAUUUUUGGGAUGGUGAAAUCUGAAGCGUAUGAAGUGCUGCACAGAAGGCAUUGCAUUCCAGCAUGAAACCGUAGUCGUCGUCUGAUUUUGUAUUUGCAUGUAGAUGCUUCUUGUAGAGAAGAAACUGAAAGCAUAUUGGCUAGAUCAUCUGUCUUCCUCUGUAAUUUUUACUGGUUUACUAUGAUUAUCGGAUCCCUUUAUCCGGGAAUAUCUCA